CAAGGUGCUAGGCCUCACCGGCGGCGCCAUCACCGCCAACCCGGCAAACCUGGAGCACAUACUCAAGACGAACUUUGGGAACUACCCCAAGGGCGAGCUGUCGGUGUCCAUGCUCGAGGACUUCCUCGGCCACGGCAUCUUCAACUCGGACGGCGAGCAGUGGCUGUGGCAGCGCAAGGCCGCCAGCUACGAGUUCAGCAAGCGCUCGCAAAGGAACUUUGUGGUGGACGCCGUCCGUUUCGAGAUCGUCGAGCGGCUGCUACCGCUGCUCGAGCGGGCGGAGCGGGACGGGCAGACGGUGCUGGACGUGCAGGACGUCCUCGAGCGCUUCGCGUUCGACAACAUAUGCCGCGUAGCGUUCGGCGAGGACCCGGCUUGCCUCGCCGAGGACGGCAUGGCCGCGCCGGAGAGCGCGGAGUUCAUGGAAGCGUUGAACGACGCGCAGAACGCCAUCAUGGCCCGUUUCAUGUCGCCCGUCAAGUGGCUGUGGCGUGUCAAGCGGGUGAUCGGCAUGGAGCCCGAGAGGCGGAUGCGCUCGGCUCUGGCCACCAUCCACGGGUACGCUGACAAGACCAUCAGAGAGCGCAAGGAGGGAGGGCAGCCGGCGCGUAGGGACGACGACUUCCUGUCGCGGUUCGCCGCGGCUGGCGAGCACAGCGACGAGAGUCUCCGCGACGUGGUCACCAACUUCAUCCUCGCCGGCCGCGACACCACCUCGUCCGCGCUCACCUGGUUCUUCUGGCUCGCGUCCACCCGGCCCGACGUGGAGGCCAAGAUUCUGCGCGAGGUCCGCGCGGCGCGCGCGUCCUCCGGCGGCGAAGGCGCGUCGGCGACGUUCAGUUUCGACGAGCUGCGCGAGAUGCACUACCUCCACGCGGCCAUCACGGAGUCGAUGCGGCUGUACCCGCCGGUGGCCGGCGACACGCACAGCUGCAAGGCGGACGACUUCCUCCCGGACGGCACGUUCGUCGGGAAAGGAUGGCUGAUGACAUACUGCGCCUACGCGAUGGCGCGGCUGGAGAGCAUCUGGGGCGAGGACUGCGAGGAGUUCAGGCCGGAGCGGUGGCUGGACGAGGAGGGCGCGUUCCGGCUGGAGAACCCGUUCAAGUACCCGGUGUUCCACGCCGGGCCGAGGAUGUGCCUCGGCAAGGAGAUGGCCUACAUACAGAUGAAGUCCAUCGUGGCGUGCGUGCUGGAGAGGUUCAGCUUCCGGUACGUUGGCGGCGAGGGGCAUCCCAAGCUCAUCAUGUCGCUCACGCUGCGGAUGGGAGGCGGCUUGCCGAUGGAGGUCAAGAAACGAAGCGGCUAGCUAGCUAGGCUACUUGGACAAGCUCAUCUUGUCAUUUAUCAUAA